GACCCAUGUAGAAUCCAACACUCCUACUACACAUUGCUUGCAGCAUUUUGUUUUAGAACACAACCAUAAGUGCUGACUAGAAAAAAAAAAAAAAGAACAUUAGUUAUUCUUUGCUCUUAGCCUUCCCAUUUUUCAAAAUGGAGGAUAAACCGCCGCUGCCGGCCGAAAGACCGGUGGCGCCGCCUUCCACCGGCGAAACAAAACCUUCUUUGUUUCCUCUUUUUCCCCUAACAGACUCCUCCUCUCUUCAAACCUCCACCACUGCUUCGGCUCCUCAAUGGCUCUCUAACUCCAGCUUCACCACCGAUAUCUCCGUCAUAAACGACGCCGUCACCUCACAACUCAACCGCGAAGCCACUCAAUCACCACUGCAAAACCAUGACGAAGACGACGAAGAAAAGAAUCGAGCUCAGGUGAAGCACCUUGCUUCUUCCUACGAGAUUCUGGAAUCUUCCGAAUCCGAUGGAGACGGAGGAGAGAGGGAGAAGAAGGAGAAGAGGAGGAGAAGGAAGAAGAAGCGGAAGCGCAAUCGUUCCUCGGAGAGAGGAGGAUUCGACGGUUUUGGUUCGAGGAAGUCGCGCGUUCGAGCUUGGGCUGAUUCGGAGGCCAACGUUACCAAGGAUUAUUACUUCGAUUCUCAUGGAGAUCGCGAUAAUCUGGCGUUUGGAUGCAUCUACAGAAUGGACAUUGCCCGGUACAAACCUUACAAUCCUAUGAAACUGUCUGGGCUACAUGUUAAAGGUUUGUAUUGGUGGAAUCGGAGUGGUUCACUUUGGGAAAGAGAUGGUGAUGUUGAUGCAUUGGAUGGUAAAAUGAAAUCUGCUAGUCGUUACUGGUCUGGAAAGUAUAUGGCUUUGGAACGACAUAAGAGCUUUAAGCGUAUUCGUCUUAUUGCUCCAAAAUUGUCUAAUGUCACUAUGCAAGAUGAAUUCAUACCUUUGUCAGAUGCUGGGACAUCUCAUGAAGCUGUUGACAGUGAUUCUGUCACUAAAACUUCAGCAUUACUUGAAGAAUCUUGGGAAGAUGAAAUGUUAAACAAAACAAGGGAGUUCAACAAACUAACAAGGGAACACCCCCAUGAUGAAAAAGUUUGGUUGGCUUUUGCAGAGUUCCAAGAUAGGGUUGCAGGGAUGCAACGGCAGAAAGGUGCUCGCUUGCAAACUCUUGAAAAGAAGAUUAGCAUUCUGGAGAAGGCAGUUGAGCUUAAUCCAAAUAAUGAAGAACUAUUGCUUUGUCUUUUGAAAGCUUAUCAAAUGAGAGACAGCUCAGAUGUGCUACUUGGGAGAUGGGAAAAGAUACUUUUGCAACACUCUGGAAGUUAUAAGUUAUGGAUCGAAUUCUUGCGCAUUGUUCAGAGAAAUUUCUCCAGAUUUAAGGUUUCAGAGGUUAGGAAGAUGUAUGCACAUGCAAUUGAAGCUCUAUCUGCUUCAUGCAGCAAGCACUCUAGGCAGGUUCUUCAAGCUGCUGAUCCUUCUUCAACGGAUCCUCUACUUGUUCAGCUAGAACUUGGUCUUGUGGAUAUAUUUCUUAGUCUUUGCAGAUUUGAAUGGCAGGCUGGUUAUCGAGAAUUGGCCACUGCUUUAUUUCAGGCUGAAAUUGAGUUUAGUUUGUUUUGUCCUCCUUUGCUGCUCACAGAACAGAGUAAGCAUAGACUGUUUGAGCAUUUUUGGAAUAGUGAUGGUGCUAGAAUUGGAGAAGAAGGGGCUCUUGGUUGGUCCACAUGGUUGGAGAAAGAGGAGGAAACUAGGCAACAAGUUAUGAAAGAGGAGCUCUCACAGGAAAAUGAAGGUGGUGGUUGGACUGGUUGGUCAGAACCAUUGUCUAAAGAUAAAGAGAGUGUUGCCAAUGUUGAAAGUGAAAUCAACAAUGAUUUGGUUAUGGAAGAUAAUCAAGAUGAUGAUGAUACUGAAGAUGUUGAGCCAGAAGUUGAUACUGAUAAUUUACUGAAGAUGCUAGGAGUUGAUAUCAGUGCUGGGGAUGGUGCUGAGGUUAAUGAAGCUUCGACUUGGAUCAAAUGGGCAGAAGAAGAGUCUUCUAGAGAUUGUUAUCAGUGGAUGCCAGUUCGUAGGGAAUCAGAUAUGUCAUCUGCUGCUAGUGAAGCACACAAAACAGAUGAGGAUGAGCAGCUUUUGAGAGUUGUAUUGUAUGAAGAUGUGAAUGAAUACAUGUUCUCCCUGAGCACGAUGGAGGCUCGACUAUCUUUGGUGUCUCAAUUCAUUGAUUUCUAUGGUGGGAAGUUGUCUCAAACGUUUUGCUCAAACAGUCCAACUUGGGCAGAGAAUAUCCUUAGCUUGGAGGAUCUGCCAGAUUCUAUGUUAGAUAAGUUGAAAUGGAUCCAUGGAGUUUUGACAAAAACACAGAACAGUCCAACUGGUUCCAGUUUUGAAUUCCUAUCAGGAAGUUUCUCGAGGAAUGCUGAUAUUAUGAAAUUUAUACGAAAUGCUGUCUUACUCUGUUUAACUGUUUUUCCACGUAAUUACAUCCUUGAAGAAGCUGUUCUCAUUUCUGAAGAGCUUUAUGUUACAAAUAUGAAUUCUUCUAACUGUGUGGUUGCACCAUGUCAAGCUUUAGCAAAGUCUCUUUUAAAAAGUGAUCGACAGGAUGUAUUGCUAUGUGGUGUAUAUGCACGAAGAGAGGCUAAUUAUGGUAACAUUGAUCAUGCAAGAAAAGUGUUUGACAUGGCAUUGUUAUCUGUAGAAGGGCUUCCUGUGGAACUGCGGUCCAGUGCUCCUCUUCUAUAUUUCUGGUAUGCUGAGGUGGAGCUUGCACAUACAUCUGAUAAUGAUUGUGAAUCUUCAUAUCGUGCAAUACAUAUAUUAUCAUGCUUAGGAAGUGGAACCAAAUACAACCCAUUUAAAAGUCAAGCAUCAAGUUUGCAACUGCUUAGAGCACAUCAGGGAUUUAAAGAAAAACUUAGAACAGUAUGGUCAUCUUGGGUUCGUGGUAUAAUAAAUGACCAAUCUGUGGCUCUAAUAUGCUCUGCUGCAUUGUUUGAGGAGCUAACCACUGGAUGGGAUGCUGGCAUUGAAGUUUUGGAUCAAGCUUUUUCAAUGGUGCUUCCAGAAAGGAGAAGUCACAGCUAUCAGCUUGAAUUUUUGUUUGACUAUUACAUAAAGAUGCUUCAGAGACAAUCAAGUCUGAUGAAAGUUUGGGAGUCUAUCUUGCUCGGCAUCCAGAUUUAUCCCUUCAGUUCUGAACUUCUAAAAGGUGUAGUGGAGGUCGGCCAUCUUUACACAACAUCUAAUAAAUUGCGGCGGUUUCUAGAUGACUGUUGUUACAAGAAACCAUCUGUAGUUCUCUGCCUUUUUGCCUUGUCAUACGAAAUGUCUAGAGGUGGGUCACACCACAGAAUCCGUGGAAUGUUUGAGAAGGCAUUGGGUAAUGACAGGCUUUGCAGCUCAGUUAUACUUUGGCGUUGCUACAUUGUAUUUGAGAUGGAAAUGGCACAUGAUCCUUCUGCUGCUCGACGUGUUUUCUUCCGGGCUAUCCAUGCCUGCCCCUGGUCAAAAAGGCUUUGGUUGGACGGCUUCCUCAAGCUAAAUUCUGUUCUUACUGCAAAAGAGCUGUCUGAUCUACAGGAAGUUAUGCGGGAUAAGGAACUGAAUCUGAGAACUGACAUUUAUGAGAUCCUUUUGCAAGAAUCAUGACAUUUUGCUUUCCCAAAACUGCCAGAAUCUGACCGUAGCAAACAUUGUUAGUAGAGUGUUUGAUGCACUCGGCUAAACAAUAUUGUGUGAAUUAGCUGUUUUUAUUAUGUUUACAUGCAUGGUUAUAGCUUGUAGAAUCGAUACAAUUGUAAAAGUACUUGUAAAUUUUUUAUUUUUUUAUUUUUUUUUGGGGGGGGGGGUGUUGAUCCUUGGGGACAUCCGAAUGUGCAACGUAUUUGUAAAUAUAUACUUGGAAUACAAAGAAAAAGUAAAAAUCAGGAACUUCAGGUGGCCCAGAUGAUUUGUUUCAGUUUUUUUUAAUGAUGAAGAAGCACUUAUUU